AUGCCUGGUUUCUCGCAGGCUACAGACCUGGGUGCUUGGAAGGAGCUCCAGGAGCACCACAACUCCCUUGGACGCAACAUUGUCCUGAAGGAAUACUUCGAGAAGGACCCCCAGCGCUUCGAGAAGUUCAGCCGCACCUUUAACAACACAGUGGACAACUCGGAGAUCCUCUUUGACUUCUCCAAGAACUUCCUUACUGAGGAGACUUUGUCUCUCUUGGUCAAGCUUGCCAAGGAGGCAGGUGUCGAGGAGCUCCGUGAUGCCAUGUUCAACGGUGAGCCCAUCAACUUCACCGAGAACCGUGCUGUCUACCACGCUGCUCUCCGCAAUAUCACCAACCAGCCCAUGCAGGUUGAUGGCAAGAGCGUUGUUGAGGAUGUCAACGCCGUGCUGGAGCACAUGAAGGAAUUCUCCGAGCAGGUGAGAAGCGGCGAGUGGAAGGGUUACACCGGCAAGAAGAUUCAGACUAUCGUCAACAUUGGUAUCGGUGGUUCGGAUCUUGGUCCUGUUAUGGUCACGGAGGCCCUUAAGCCAUACGGCGCCAGAGACCUCAAGCUGCACUUUGUCUCCAACAUCGACGGAACCCACGUUGCAGAGGCCCUCAAGGAGUCUGACCCUGAAACCACCCUCUUCUUGAUUGCCUCCAAGACCUUCACCACCGCUGAAACAUGCACCAACGCCAACACCGCUAAGAGCUGGUUCCUCGAAUCCGCCAAGGACGAGUCUCAUAUCGCCAAGCACUUCGUUGCUCUUUCUACCAACGAGGCGGAGGUCACCAAGUUCGGUAUUGACAAGAAGAACAUGUUCGGUUUCGAAUCGUGGGUUGGCGGCCGUUACUCCGUCUGGAGUGCCAUCGGCCUUUCCGUCGCCCUCUACAUUGGCUACGACAACUUCCACCAGUUCCUUGCCGGUGCUCACGCCAUGGACAAGCACUUCCGGGAGGCACCCCUGGAACAGAACAUCCCGGCCAUUGCUGGUUUGUUGAGUGUCUGGUACAGCGACUUCUUUGGCGCUCAGACUCACCUGGUGGCACCUUUCGACCAGUACCUGCACCGCUUCCCCGCAUACCUGCAGCAACUCUCCAUGGAGAGCAAUGGCAAGGCCAUCACUCGCUCUGGCGAUUACGUCAAGUACACCACAGGCCCCAUCCUGUUCGGUGAGCCCGCCACCAACGCCCAGCACAGCUUCUUCCAGUUGCUCCACCAGGGAACCAAGCUUAUUCCCUCGGAUUUCAUCAUGGCUGCUGAGUCCCACAACCCCGUCGAAGGCGGCAAGCACCAGCGCAUGCUUGCUUCCAACUUCUUGGCUCAGUCAGAGGCUCUGAUGGUUGGCAAGACCCCCGAGCAGGUUAAGACUGAAGGUGCUCCCGACAACUUGGUGCCUCACAAGACUUUCCUCGGAAACCGACCCACAACCUCCAUCCUGGCCCAGAAGAUCACACCCUCCACACUGGGUGCUCUGAUCGCCUACUACGAGCACCUCACCUUCACUGAGGGUGCCGUCUGGAACAUCAACUCCUUCGACCAGUGGGGUGUUGAACUCGGCAAGGUCCUCGCCAAGAACAUCCAGAAGGAGCUCGAGACUGCCGAUGCUGGCGCUGACCACGAUGCUUCCACCAGUGGUCUGCUGCUUGCCUUUAAGAAGAAGGCUAACCUGGCAUAG